AUGUCCCCCCGUCUCGUCAUCAUCGGCGCCGGCAUCGUCGGCGCCAACCUGGCCGACGAGCUGGUCUCGCGCGGGUAUUCCGACAUCACCGUCGUCGAGCAAGGUCCCUUGCAUCUUCCUGGCGGUUCCACCUCGCAUGCCCCCGGGCUGGUCUUCCAGACAAAUGCCUCCAAGACCAUGACCCAGCUGGCGCGCUACACUGUCGAGAAGUUACGGUCGCUGAUCCACGACGGCCAAAGCUGCUUCAACACUCUGGGUAGUCUCGAGGUAGCUACUACGUCCGCCAGACUGCAGGAUCUUCAUCGCAAACAUGGCUAUGCCUCCUCCUGGGGCAUUGAAUCGCGUCUUGUCGGCAUUGACGAAUGCCUGGCUAUGUAUCCCCAUCUUAAUCGGGAUAUGGUGCUCGGCGGUUUGUAUGUUCCCAGUGACGGACUAGCUCUCGCGGCUCGUGCGACCCAGUUGCUCAUUGAGCGCACUCGUGUCGCUGGUGUGCGAUAUAUGGAGCAUACUCCUGUCACCGGUAUCGAGCGCACUGGCCGCCGCGUCACUGGCGUCAUUACCCCGGACGGCUCUAUCCCCGCCGAUUUGGUCAUCUCCUGCGCUGGUUUCUGGGGCGUCGAGGUCGGUAAAAUGGCCGGCGUAGAGAUCCCUUUGCUGCCGCUGGCCCAUCAGUAUGUCAAGACAACGUCCGUGUCGGCACUCGCAGGCCGUGCCGUCAACGCUCUACCCAAUGGUCGAAACGCCAGCCUGCCCAUCCUGCGUCACCAAGACCAGGACCUCUACUACCGUGAGCAUGGAGACCACUACGGCAUCGGUUACUAUGGCCAUCGGCCGAUGCCUGUCGUGGCUGCUUCCUUGGGUCACACUCCGAAACAUGUCGACGAGCUGAACAUGCCCUCUCGUUUGGAAUUCACGCGUGAGGACUUUGUUCCCGCCUGGGAGCAGUCGCAGCUGCUGCUGCCGGCGCUGCGGGAAACGCAAAUCGCCGACGGCUUCAACGGCAUUUUCUCGUUCACUCCAGAUGGCGGUCCGUUGGUUGGACCUGCGCCCAACUUGGAAGGCUUCUACGUGGCAGAGGCCGUCUGGGUGACGCACUCGGCGGGUGUUGCGCGCGCUGUGGCGGAGCUGCUCACGACAGGCCAUUCCACCAUCGAUGUCACUGAGUGCCAGCUGGCUCGCUUCGAGGAGGUGCAGCUGAGCCGGGCCUACGUCGAAGAGACCUCACAGCAGAAUUUCGUCGAGAUCUACGACAUCCUGCACCCACUCCAGCCACGAGAAUCGCCCCGCAAUCUGCGCACCAGUCCCUUCUAUGCGCAACAGCGCCAGCUGGGCGCUUUCUUCCUAGAAACCGGCGGCUGGGAGCGUCCCUUCUGGUACGAAGUCAACGCAAAACUACUGCAGUCGCUCCCGGAGCAGUGGCGGCCGGUCCAGCGCGAUGCAUGGUCUUCGCGAUACUACUCGCCCAUCGCUGCUGUCGAGGCGUGGAAGACCCGCACUGCCGUUGCAAUGUACGACAUGACCUCGUUCCACCGCUUUGAGGUGGGCGGUCCCGGCGCAGUGCAUCUACUGCAGCGCUUGACCACUGGAGAUGUCACAACACCACCCGGCUCCAUUACUUACGCCUUGCUGCUGGACGACCAUGGCGGCAUCCGCAGCGAUUUGUUCGUCGCCCAUCUGGAAACAGACUUGUUCCAGGUGGGUGCGAACACUGCCAUAGAUCUGGACUAUCUCUCACGAGAAGCGCGCUAUCAUAGCCAGCGUACCCCGACCCAAUGGGUGCAGGUGCGUGACAUCACCGGCAGCACCUGCUGCAUCGGCCUCUGGGGUCCUCGCGCGCGCGACGUGAUCCGCGAUGUCAGCACCGAUGACUUCUCCAACAAGGGUCUGCCCUACUUCGGCGUCAAGCGGGCCACCAUCGCCGGUAUCCCCGUGAUGGUGCUGCGCAAGUCGUAUGUAGGUGAACUAGGCUGGGAGAUCCAGACGAGCGCCGAGUACGGUACCCAUCUAUGGGACGCCCUGUGGCAGGCCGGCCAACCACACGGGCUCAUCCCCGCGGGCCGCAGCGCCUUCAACGCUUUACGGCUGGAGACGGGCUCCCGUACCAGCGGCGUCGACAUGACGAGCGAGCACAACCCCCUUGAAGCAGGGGUGGAGUUCGCUAUCGCGGCGAACAAACGCGACUACGUCGGCAAAGCAGCACUGAUGCGUUGCUCCGAAAAACCUCCCGCGUGCCGACUACGCUGUCUGGCCGUCGAUGAUGGCCGGUCUAUGGUUAUGGGCAAGGAGCCCGUUUACCGCCGCGGCCAGCCGGUCGGUUACGUCACCAGCGCUGCGUUCGGGUUCACUCUACGCAAGCCCAUCGCCUAUGCUUGGCUGCCUGGAGCGGUGGUCGAUGGUGAGCCUGUCGAGAUUGAGUAUUUUGGACGUCGCAUCCAGGCCACCGUCUCGGCAGAGCCCCUGUAUGAUGCGAAGAGCCGCGUGCAUGCUGAUGGACUAUCGACUGUGCCGGAGUUGCAGAAGCCACUGAAGCAUGUUUUGUGA